CAGCAAGAAAUCUCGUUUAUCCUUUUCCUUUAAACUCUGCUCGCUGGCACCGGGUCUUUCCCUUGCUGGGGGAGUGGGAAGGGCUGUGCCCUGGGAAAGGCAGCCAGCAGAAGAGACAGGAGAGAGUUUCUGCCGCGUUAUCUUAAACCAGCAGCAGGAGAAAUCGCGGCGGGCGGACGCGGCGGAAGAGGAGCGGUGGCGGCGCGCAGCUCCCAUUGCCCAGCCCGGGGAGCCGGGGGACACCAGCCAGCGAGCGCGGGGUCCCUGGGCACGAACGUGAAGUACGGUUCCGCUGCAGCUAGAGGGCUUCGCCGCUGCCGCACAGCCCCGCACGCCGCUGCCGCACACCCCGGCACCGGCUGGAGCUCCGCCGCGCCGCCCCCCGCCGCUACCGCCAGCCCGCCGCCGGGCCCCGCCGCAGGGCCGCCGGACGCACACCGCGGGGUGUGUGUGGGGGGGUGUGGGGGUGUGUGUGUGUGACAGGCCGCGACACCCCCACACGCCCCCGGCAGCCCGCCCGCCGUCAUGCCCGCUCCACUUCUGCCGCCGCCGCCGCUCCAACUUGGCGGCUGAGCCCUUCCCCGACACGCAGGAUCACUCCCCCCCGCCACUGGCAGCAUGGAGAGUGUGCGUGAGCUCCAAAACCCGCUCUUGGCCAAGGCCAACGGGCACCUUCGCAGCAGCUAUUCUUACCACCAGCAUCACAGCCAGGACUACCCCAGUCAUCGCUGCCAAGGGAAACUGUAUUCCUACAUCUUCCAAAACACUGGUGGUGCCAGGACUCACCAGCUGCUGGAUGCCAGUUCCCUGCAGCUGGCUGUUGAAGCCUUGUACGGUCCCAAUUUCAUCCUCGUGAAGGAUGAGACCGCUCUCAAGGCCAAGGACAGCAAGAUGGAAAGCUGCGAGACCACUUUUACGGAAAGCAAAGAGGCUCCAUCUGAUGGUCCCGACGGGCACGAGGCUCAAGGGUCCUGCCUGGUAGAGAGCGACAUCCGCAUCCAAACUGUGUCCUAUGAGGUGGAGGAAGAGGAGCUCCAGGAGUACGAGAGUGACUCCUCCAGCGACAGCGAAAGUGAGGAUCAUUUCCUGAUGCUUCCCCCCCGGGACCACCUGGGCUUGGCCCUUUUCUCCAUGCUGUGCUGCUUCUGGCCCCUGGGCAUUGCUGCCUUCUACUUCUCCCAAGGGACCAGCAAGGCUGUUUCCAAAGGAGAUUUCCACCUGGCCAGUUCAGCUUCUCGCCGAGCUCUCUUCCUCGCCGCGCUCUCCAUAACCAUCGGCACAGGAGUGUACGUCGGGGUGGUGGUAGCGUUGAUCGCUUAUCUCUCCAAAGGGGGCCAUGUAUAGCCGCCACCCGCAUGUCAGCGCUGCCCCGGCCCUCCUGGGAUCGAGCUUUCCUGCGGAGCACAGGCCACCAGUGCCUGCAAGGGCUGCUUGCACGGCAGGACCCCGGCCUGCACGCCCUGCGCAGGCUCUUUCCCCUUUCAGACAAACAGUAGACCCACGUUCUUCCCGAGGCUGUGGGGUGCCACCAUCCGACAGCAGGGAACUGGGCACCAGCCUGGCUGCUGGGACCAGGAGGAGCACAUUUGCCUGCUGGAAGAUGUCCAGGAGAGACUCUGUGUGCUGCUGCUGGGCUGGUGCCACCACCCCUGCUCUGGGGCCAUGGCUUCCCCUUCCAGCCCCACGGCCGGGAGAUCCACGGCUGGUGCCCAGGCUUGACCCAUGAAGGGGACACGCAGGAAGGAGAGGGGAUACGGCGACGGAGAAUGACCCCGGCAGGCUGGUGUCCUGGUGGGUUCUCCACAUGCCCAUGAUGGGGACAGCAUUCUCAUUUCGGUGCCACGGGGCGGCACCUGGCCCCUCAGCUGCAGCGAAGUAGGAGGACACAGCAUGGACACGACCAAAGGGCAUGCUCUCCGCAUCCCUGUGGAGACAGACCCCUCAUCCAGGGGACAUCCCAGUUGCUGGCCCGACCCAGGCAAGAAACAAGGAGGAAAGCAGGCUGGCAGUUGCACACCAUCACUCCCAUCGUUGGAGCAAGUUGGCAAAGACAACGAGGUUUUCUCUGUGUUAAUAUUGACUGUCAUGAUAAUUGCAAGUCAGAGUCCCUAUAAGGCUGGCGUCACACAGUGCUGGGCCCUAAAAAGACUUGUAAUUGCAGUUUCUACCCAAGAAAUGACGUGUGAGGGCUGGGGGCCUGAAGGACUCCGCUCUCAGCAGUAGGUCAUGGCCUCGCACACAAAGAAGGAUGGAAGGAAAAGGCUGAGGUGACACACCAAGCCUGGGGUGGGAGUGCUGUUUGCCGGGGGCUGACACCCAGGGAGGGGGAAGACUCGGAGGGAGCCCGAGACACAGGAGUGACCCCAACACACUUUUUUCCCACGCCUCCAUCCAAAGGCUCGGCUGACAAGGAAAUCCCACGCAUCCCCGCUUACAUCUUACUUUCGCUAAUUCGUAUAUCGUCAGCGACACAUCACGUGCUUCAGAGGUGGGUGUGAAGGCAAUGACUGCCCCAAAGGGCUGCUGUUAAAAGGCCCUGCCUCGCCCCCCCCCCACCCCCCUCCCCAGCAUCCACCUUGACCCUCCCUCACCCUGGCCAGGGCUCCCCUGCCGCCUCCUUCCCCCGUGUGCAGGAGGCUGCAGGCAGACUCUGGGCACCCAUCGCCCCUCACCGGGGUUUCUGGGCAGGCUGCGAGAGGCGCAGCACGUUCCUCCAGCUGGGUGCCGUUCAAAUGUACAUUUCAUCCUAAAGAAGCAUGUUAAUGUCUGCGAUUGCUGUUGUACUUGAGCCAUAAAAGAGAGAAGCACAUCAGA